UUAAUUUAAAUAAACUAGUGAAGCUAUCUAGCGAAUAUUAAUAUAAAGCAGUUCAAUAUAACCCUAUUUGCACUUUUUAGAAGGUUAAGGUCGUUUGCCUCUCAGCUGGGAUAAGAAGUCACAUGACACCAUAAUGGCCGCAGGUGUUUUUUGACAAGAGCGACAGUGAGUACAUUCGACCUGUGAAAACCAUCCACUCUUAGGAAUGGAUGUACACGACAGUUUACGUAACCGAUCACACAACCGUCAAGUGUGUGUCCAAAGGAGAAAUUUGAUUCAAAUAUGCAGAUUUGCUGUGAAAAGUCUGAUUGACAAAGCAUCACUGACAACAGUUGAUGAUGAGUGUGAAGAGGUCAUCAAUUUCUGUGCAGUUUUGGAGCAGCUGCUGUCACACAGGUUAAAAGCCCAAAAGACCUGGUUUGCUCUAGAUGAGGAUCAAUUGCAUUUCUGGGGUUAUAUAAAGGUGGCAUGUAAAAAGGUGCCAAACAGCUGUAUCAACAGUAUUGCUAAUCUGGAGAAUGUCAAAUCUCCUUUGGCAAAGGGACGAGCAUGGAUUCGAUGUGUGCUGAUGGAGAAGCGACUGUCAGAAUACCUCAACGUGGCCCUACAACAGACAAAUAUUACCAAAAAGUUUUACCGAGAAGGAGCUGUGGUGUUGACAGAAGAUGCAAACAUGUUGAACGGUGUUCUAUUGGGACUCAAUGCCAUCGACUUCAGUUUCUGUCUGAAGGGCAACAAUGUGGCCUUGUCUAGUCCUUUGGAAAUAGACUUUACUCCCUACCUGAGGUUCCAACAGAGCCAGGAGAGUCUCCAUAGUGAUGCUGAGGAGCUGCACGAGCUGAGUACCAUCUCCAGUAUGACAAGCAGCAUCAUGAGUGAGGAUAUCACGAUUAUCGGGGACGACACCUGGAAAAACAAGUACAAGGCUUUGGAGACCAAAUACAAGACAGCCAAUGAACAAAAAGGUUACCUGGAGGAGUUGGGUCGUAUGAGGGAACAGCAGCUAUACCAGCUACAGCAUCAGCGCCAGACUCUCAUCAACACUGUUCACCAGUUUGACGUGGAGGGGAAGAAGGAGCGACAUCAGCUGGAGCUUGUAAUACUGGAGUUACAAAAACAACUGUCUGGAAUGAAGAGACAAUGUGAAAACCAGCACCACAAAUACACAAGUCUGAUGAGGAAGUUACAGAGUGGUCAUGUUGAUAUGGAGGAUGUUAACAUAAUCCACGUACCUCCUUCUCCAGGACAGUCCGCCUCGGACAGCCACAGGUCCAGCUAUAGCAGUAGUGAUGCUGGCUCUGCCCUCCCUUCUUCUGCUGCACGGCUGGCCAUACCUGGGUCACAGGCCACACAAAGUUCUGGUCAGUUAUUAGGGGUCGACAUCAAUGCACAAAAAGAGGACACUCAGAGUAUGAUUGCUAUGGCAGGGUCAUUCUCCUCUGAGACCAGUGUAAACACAGGUGACACUAAUCACGGCCACCCCACCGUUGUCGACGGACGACUUCACCUUCUUGUCACAUCACCCGAGCAAAGAAGAGGAAGCUCCGAAUUCAACACUCCGGAAAGGAGGAUAAACUACUCUGACACAGAAAGAAUGGGAACUAGUUCAGUAACUGGCACUCCAACAAAGAGAGGCAUUAAAUCAGAAACAGGAAAAGCCACACCUGGAAUAGCCGCAAAAGAUAUUGACCACUUGGAAAUACCAAUGGGGAACACUGAUAUGAAUAUUCAAAAGGAUGUGUACUUAUCAACAAAGGAAGAAGAAUUUGUUAUGGUACCUGAGCAAGCUCAGGAAGCUUCAGCUUUCAUAUCUGUAACAGAUACACGAUCUGACCAAUCAGAAGGCCAAUUACAAGCUGAUGAAAGAACUAACCAAUCGGGAGAAAGUUUACAAAGUGUUGACCUUUCAACAAAUGACACUAAAGAAGGGGCAGCCAAUCUGAUUAAAGAGUCACAAGAUAUAGCCAAUAAGAAUAUAGAAGCUGGAGACCAAAAAGAGGACGAAGUGGAAGAAAACUAUGAAGACAAAGACGGGUCCUCCUCAGGAAGUGAUGACAUCAUGGUUUUGUCAGAUGUUAGCUUGACUGAUACAGAUGGUUCCACUGACCAGAAAGCAUUACAGUAGCAAUAAGUUUAAGGACAUAUACUGUUACUUUGACAUGUAUAUCCUUUACCAAAGUGUUCCACUAUAUCAUUUCCAAUAGUUAUUAUGAUUAGUAAUUUGGUUUAUAAUGAAUGGAUGGCACAUUUGAAAGUUCAAAGUAAUGCAUGCUCUGAAAUCAUAAGUGAAUGCUUAUUUUUAUUAGCUCACCUGGUCCGAAGGACCAUGGUGAGCUUAUGCCAUACUGCAGCGUCCGUCGUCCACCAA